UUUUGCAAUGUCACCAUCUAAGAUGCCCUUCUAGAUCACUGACGUCUUCAGGUGUUCCUGGCAAGGCUGGCAGCAACCUUUUGUUAUACUUAAUUGUAGGAGGAACAGUCACGGGGACAGGAGCUUAUGUGUACAAAACAUUGAAGGAAAACAAGGAGCGAUUCACCAGCCGCGUCACGACAAUAACGACGCGAUCUCAAGACAGCGAAUCGUCGCCUUCCGCUCCUGGAGCUCGCCCUGCGGUCCCCUCCCAUUUGAUCGGUGGAGGAACGGCUGCGUUUGCUGCUGCCAGAUCCAUUCGGGCUCGUGACCCCGGUGCCCGGGUGCUGAUCGUGUCUGAAGAUCCUGCCCUGCCCUACAUGCGUCCCCCUCUGUCCAAAGAACUGUGGUUUUCAGAUGAUCCGAAUGUGACGGAGACUCUGCGAUUCAAGCAGUGGAACGGCAAGGAGAGGAGUAUCUAUUUCCAGCCGCCGUCGUUCUAUGUGCCCGUUCGGGACCUGCCUUUUGUAGAGAACGGUGGAGUAGCAGUCCUGUGUGGCAAGAAGGUUGUGCAUAUGGAUGUUAGAGGCAACACGGUGAAGCUCAGUGACGGCACCCAGAUAUCCUACGACAAGUGUCUCAUUGCCACUGGUGGUUCCCCAAGGAACCUUCCCGCCAUUGAAAGGGCAGGAAAAGAUGUACAGCAAAGGCUGACACUGUUCCGAAAGAUUGAGGAUUUCAGGAAUCUGGAGAAGAUUUCAAGAGAAGUCAAGUCCAUCACCGUUAUCGGUGGUGGUUUUCUCGGCAGCGAGCUGGCCUGUGCUCUGGGAAGAAGAGCGCGAACCAGAGGCCUGGAGGUGAUUCAGCUGUUUCCAGAGAACGGCAACAUGGGCAAAGUCUUGCCCGAGUACCUGAGCAACUGGACCACGGAGAAAGUCAGGAGAGAGGGAGUUAACGUCAUGCCUAACGCCGUGGUCAAGUCUGUCUCUGUCUGUGGCAAUCGGCUGCUGAUUAAACUGAAAGAUGGCCGGAAGGUGGAGACUGAUCACAUUGUGGCUGCGGUGGGGCUGGAGCCCAACGUGGAGUUGGCCAAGUCGGCUGGGCUGGAGGUGGACUCUGACUUUGGGGGGUUCAGGGUGAACGCGGAGCUGCAGGCGCGCUCCAACAUCUGGGUGGCAGGGGAUGCUGCCUGCUUCUACGAUAUCAAACUGGGCCGGAGGCGCGUGGAGCACCACGACCACGCCGUGGUCAGCGGGAGGCUGGCCGGAGAAAACAUGACGGGAGCGGCGAAGCCCUACUGGCACCAGUCCAUGUUCUGGAGCGAUCUGGGUCCUAACGUGGGGUACGAGGCCAUUGGCCUUGUCGACAGCAGUUUGCCGACAGUGGGGGUCUUUGCUAAAGCAACAGCAAAGGACACGCCGAGAAGCGCGACGGAGCAGUCAG